UUGCGCGCACCGAAAUUCUGUGGUUCGUGUUAGUGUUGCAAGUUUUCGCUACCGGCAGUGAACGUCGAAACGCAACCCCCGACAGCCUCCAACGGCUCUUUAUGCAAGCAACAAUGGAGGUGAAUAGAGCAAAUCGGCAGAGAUGUCCCACUGACGAUAUCCGGGCUACGUCCAAGAAUAUUCUGGAUCGGGGAGGGAGGUGGUCCGGAUGAUACCAGAACAUCUUGCGCCAACCAGGAAAGAUUCGAAGAAGAAGUCAUUGAAGUUCGGAAUAGCGAGAUAUGUCGAGUAGGUUCGUCCGAAGAAUGUUCGCACUAUGAGACUGUACACCCCUCGCGAGGCUUGCCGUCGACGAGGAGCACUCCAUCUCGGUGAUUCUCGUUAGCACAAUGUGCGAGCUGUCGAAGGGCCAGCGGCGGGCGUUCCGCGACCAGGAUCCCCCGCGAAUAUGCAACAAGAGCACGGAGAACCUGCUGCGGGACGAGCUGGAGUUCUCGCGCUCCACCCCGAGCUCGCCGACGACUCUCCAGCGCGCCGUCAGCCUCGAGAAGUGUUUCAGCGAGCCGGAGUUCUUCCAAAAGCAGCGCGAGCUGCUCUCGAAGCACGAGCAGCGCGCGAAGGAGAAGAAGAGCGGCGAGGAGAGCGUCUCUUCCAGUCCCGCACGUGGCGCUCGUGACAAUCUUUGGAAGGACGGAGGCCCCGCGGUUGUCGCGAGGAGCACCGAGAACCUUCUGAGGGAACUCUCCGCCAAAGUGCCUUCCCCUCGCGAAGGUGUAAACGAGGUGAUCACUAACGGUCUGAAGUGCGACUUAGGCGACUGCGACGGUGUGAUAAACGGGAAAAAGAUGGCACCGGUCUUGGGCGUACCGCCUCCGCCACCACCGGCUCCCCACAUGGGACCAGACGGCUUGAUCUUGCCGAAGAAACCGUAUAACCCUUGCCUUACCUCUACUAAUCAUAAGGAUCUACACAGAGAGCUGCUCUUCAAUCAGAAAAUCGGCAGAAACGUCUUGAACCAGAAGAGCGAGCUGCAACGCGCCUUGGAGAAGCAGAGGGAAGCGGUGUCGAGGAGGGAGGCCGAGAGGAGCCGAGAGGAAAACUACAAGGACGAUCCUAGGACAGCCUUGCAAAGGGCGAUCGAGCAGCGAGCGAGACACAUUCAAAUAACGCAAGAGCAAUUGCAGACGAAGACGGAGCCGCCGAGCAACCUUCUGAUAACAGCGAGAGCGAAGCUGAGACCUCGCACCGAGUCCCAGUGAAGCCAACCGGCUGGAGAAAGACAUCGAGAUCGGCGAUUGUAAGACCGCUCUCGAGCUGAUCGUGAAUUCCAUUCUCGGCGCCUUAUCGCUCGCAAGCGCGUGUACAUAUGCAUAAUCUAACCCGAUAAGAUUCUGAUUAACAACGUUCUGCGUAACGUUCGCGCGAGACACUGCUCCUCGAUCUCUCUCUCUCUCUCUCUCUCUCUCUCUCUCUCUCUUUGCUUCGUACGUCGGCGGGACCUCGUGGCUCCUUCACGAGAAUAAACUCGCGAUUAUUCUCAGCAAAGCCGGACGGUUCGAAGUAUGCUUCGCGUUUGAAGCGCGUGCUAAACUGCUGCGGAUCGACGGAUUACGGAUUGAAGGUUGGAACUUGAUCGACUGAGGCAGAGCGAGUCAAGAUCGACAAAGGUGGCUGAUUCGUCAAAUUUUCAUCUCUAAUCCCUAAUCUACUCUAAUCUCUAAUCCGCAACGCUCAGUCCUCAAUGCCUGGAUGUCGGAUACGAGCUUGAGAUCCGUGUCAGACUAGGUAUUAGAGAGAUUUGAGGGUAGAUUGGGACUUAAUCGGCCGAGAUGAAGUGAGCCACGAUCGGGAUUAGUUGAUUCGUCGGAUUGUAAUCUGUAAUGCGCGAUCGUCAAUUUCCAAUGUCUAAUCCAACAUGAGCUUUAAAGAAUCGAUGAAAUCAUCUCAUGUCACACACAGAGGGGAGAGCUCAGCACACCGCAACAUCCGCUCGCGAUUGUAUGUCCGCGCGCUUCUGGAUAAGCUCGUACGUACCUAAGCGAAUUCGCGACGAAUGGUCGAAUAGCUUUCUCUUCCUUUCCCUUUUGGGAGAUACACGUCUGGUGUCUUUCAUCAUCUUCAAACCGGGAUCCGAGCGUGCAGGCAAUGUGUAUCUUCUCACACCUUCAGCUUCACUCGAGCGAUCGACGCGUUCCGCUAAAUGAUGCAGAAAAGUCCCACGACGGUACGUGCGAUACUUGUGGUUAAUCUUCAAAUCGAAACACGUAAAAAAUACUUGAUCGACACUGUGUGAUUCGUGAGAUCCUUGUAAGUACGUCUAUUAUUUUUUAAAAUAUACAACAUAAAACGGUCAUUUCAUCAUAGCGAAUUCACAUACAUCUACACGAGACAAGGCUAUUGUCGCAUGCAUAUUUCGAAAUUCUCGUACGUACACUGGGACGUGUGACAUACAAUAUUCUUAUUUGUUAUAUUUAUUUGGUAUUAUUACUUAUGAUAUAAUUCGUCAUUUGUUACCUAUGUGAUUACAUACAGGGUGUCUGAACAAACAUUCGGCCGCUCAUGUACAGGUGGAGCUGGUUCGUGAAGUUGAACAAAAUUCUCAUGAUUUCGUAAAAUAUCACGUAAAGUAUCGAGAUAUUAAUGAGAUAAAAUUGAUUGCUCGAGACGUGUGUGGCGGUACGCUGGAACGAGUUCUGUACUGUUUAGUGUUUUCCGUCACUUUCCUCCUUUUAGAUUCGGACAGUUUCGAGUCGUUCUUCCUGAAGAGGCGAACUGGAAUGUUCACGAAACGAAGCGACUACGGACAUAACGGACAAAAGCCAGAUCGAGCGUUUCACGUGAUCGUUUGCAAUAUGAUGGCGAGAUCUUAUUCCUCAGUUGAACGUGUUCGACACGCGCAUGAGCGUCGCCAUGGUUUGCGUCAGACACCCCGUAUAUUAUCAAGGGCACGUUUCUAAGUAGCCUCUACUGUAACAAAGUCGGCAGCAAUUGUUUAAACAAGUUAUGAACAAGAGAAGUUUCAGCUUGGCUUGAACCGUGUGCAAAGGUGUACGAGGUCAUUGUUGCGCGCAUUUAUUAAGAUAUAUUAUUCGAUCCGUAUCGGUCCACAAAGCUAAAUUAACAGGUAACAUUUUACUUUUUAAUAUGACGACUUAUUAUAUACUUCGUCACACUUUGCAAAUAUUAUUAUUAUAUUUGCGUGAAUAUAUACAUAGAUUGUGUACGUUUAGAUUUGGUGAAAUAUGUAAUGUACAGAGAAAAAUAUCGUUAAAGAAGAAAUGUGUAUCUUUAACACAGAAUAUUUUUUUAACAAUAGCAUUGAAAUGUACUCGUCACAAAUUAGGAAAAAAUUAUCAUCAUGCACCCGACGAAAGAAGCAUUUUAUAUUCUAUUUAAGAAUAUUGCAAAAUUUAUACUUGUGUGUGACAUACGGGGUGUCUUUGAGCCGCAUGUCACACGAACGUGUGCUUGUUGAAUACAUCAAACCGAGCAGUAAGAUUGCUAUUAUUUUUCAAGUCACGUAACAUUUUCAGUUACUGAAGCGCAGUUAUUCGCGCGCGCCGCUUCGUCAAUCCUCUCCCGUCAAUAAUUAAAAAUUUUUCGUGGUCUGCAAAAUAAUAGCGAUCUUUGAACUUUGAACAAAGUAGAUUUGUAAAAGCAAGCAUGUUGUGUGUGUAAAUAAAAAGGUUUAUUACUAUUAUGUAAACUGAUAUAUGUAAGUUAUAAAUAUAAUAAAUUCCCAAAUGAAACACGAAAUAUAAGCAACUUUAGACGCUACGUGUUUGUAUCUAUAGUUAUCACCUAAUCAUAGCUAAACUAACAAGAAAUAUUUUUCAAUGAUCUUUCUAAGUAAAAAUAAUUUCCAUAAUUUCUGAAAUUUAUAAUUUUCUACAAUAAGAUACACUGUAGUUAUUACUCUCCCUCUAUAAUUAAUACAAAAAGAGACACCGGUGAAUGGAUACAGAAUAAAACGCGCAAAUAUAAUCUGAAUUGAAGGAGAAAUAUCUCAAAUAAUGAUUUGUAUAUUGCAUCUA